GCUCUGAUUUUUAUUCACUUGCUGCCGGUAGACGCAUCAACGUGUUGUGGUGAGAAGAGAGAGGACCCUUCAUCCGACACUGUAACAGCUAACUCUAACAUCACCGAAGCUACCACGACGCCCAGCAAACUACCGACUGAAGUAUACCUCACUCCAACCCGCGGGCGAUUCUUGCAGGGAUCCUGCACAAUCAACAGCAACGCUGGAGGCUCGUAACAAGUCGUUGGCUUCACACGGCUUCAGCGUGUUCCUAGGAGCGGUGCGAGUCGCGGCGGGUCGAGUCGAACAAGCGUUCCUAACCAAACAGCUGGCAGCGAAACGCAGCAAGAACGCAGGCAUGGACUACGACGAGUAUAGGCAAAGAGGUAAGGAGAUGGUGGACUACAUAGCCGAUUACCUGGAGGGAAUUCGAAAGCGGAGAGUGUAUCCAUCCGUAAAGCCAGGAUACAUGAAGUCACUAUUGCCCGAUCAUGCACCGGAAGAAGGCGAAGACUGGGAUAGCAUCUUCCGGGAUGUUGAACGCGUCAUCAUGCCCGGGAUCACGCACUGGCAGAGCCCACAGAUGCACGCAUACUUCCCAGCAUUAAACAGCCCGCCCUCGCUUCUAGGAGACAUGUUGGCAGAUGCGAUCGGCUGUCUGGGUUUCACCUGGGCCUCGAGCCCCGCUUGCACAGAGCUGGAGACCAUCGUGAUGGACUGGUUGGGAAAGAUGCUAGGACUUCCGGAUGCCUUCCUACAUAACCCCAGCAGCGGUAGCAGUGGAGCCAGAGAGGUCCGGGGAGGCGGUGUUAUACAGACCACCGCGAGUGAGUCGACGUUCGUAGCGCUGUUGGCGGCCAGGACACAGGUUAUAAGACGCGUGCAGGAGCAAUAUCCGGAGAUGGAAGACGGAGAGAUCAAUUCCCUUCUUGUUGCAUACGGCUCUGAUCAGGCACAUUCGUCAGUAGAAAAGGCCGGCCUCAUAGGACUGGUCAAGAUGCACUUCCUUACCUGCGACGAAGAACUGUGUCUGCGAGGCGAGGAACUACAGAAGGCUAUCGACUCUGACAGACAGGAAGGAUUCAUCCCCUUCUUCCUAUGCGCAACUCUGGGAACUACAGGAGCCUGUGCAUUUGAUAAGCUUACGGAACUGGGACCAAUAUGCGAGCAGGAAGGUCUAUGGAUGCACAUUGAUGCGGCGUAUGCGGGCACGGCGUUCGUCUGUCCCGAGUACAGAUGCUACACAGAAGGCAUAGAGUAUGCCGACUCGUUCGCCUUUAACCCUAGCAAGUGGAUGAUGGUGCACUUUGACUGCACUGCCUUGUGGUUAAAGAACAGCGGCGCUCUUCACCGGACCUUCAACGUGCAACCGUUGUACUUAAAACACGAGAACUCUGGAGCUGCGAUAGACUACAUGCAUUGGCAGAUACCUUUAAGUAAGCGAUUCAGAGCUCUCAAGCUCUGGUUUGUCAUCCGCUCCUUCGGUAUCACUGGUCUACAGAAACACGUCAGAGAGGGUGUACGCCUUGCCGGGAUGUUUGAAGGACUCGUGAAGGCUGAUCCAUACUUUGAGGUUCCUGCAAAGCGCAUACUCGGACUGGUAGUCUUUAGAUUGAAGGGGGAGAAUCAUCUUACUGAAGCCUUGCUGAAGAGGCUGAACACUGGCGGGAAGGUGCACAUGGUCCCGGCAUCUCUCAGGGGGCAAUACGUCAUCCGUUUCACCGUCACCUCACGCUUCACAACGGACGCCGACAUUGCCGGCGACUGGAACAUCAUCCGCAGCGUAGCAUACGAGAUCCUGCAAGAACAGGAGCGGCUGGACGAGACCAAACUACAGCUUCCCGCAGCCGCCGCCGCCGCCGCAGCCACCCUCCGCCCCGCCAAACCGCAGUCGGACGACGAGCAACGCAAGCGGGAGUUCGGUCUGAGUCUGCUGCUUAGCAACAGCCCCCUCGUGCCGAAAUUCGUCAACGGCUCCUUCGCCGCCAUCUUCGAGAAUCGUGACGUCAUCUACGAGUUCGUCACGCAGCUGAGCGACUCGACGUUCGGCCGCCGGUCGCCUAGCAACCGCAGCCGGCUGCGCUCGAGCAAGCAGUACUCGCUCGACUCGCGCAUCGACUAUCUCUACGACUUCCACAACCGCCUGAAGAUGGCGCACCCUACCGGAGAGCUGCAGGAGAUCGACGAGGCAGACGAUCAAAAUGGCGGCGGCGGCGGCGGCGGCGGCGACAUCUCGGGGGUAAUGUCUUCUCCGCGUCGCCCGCGGUCGCUGUCUCUCGGGCAGGAGCCGGCGGACCUCAACCUACACCUCACAAAGGAGGAGGGGAACUCCGCGGAGGAGGGGAACUCCGCGGAGGAGGCAGCAAAGCAACGGAUCCCCGCUGUCGUCGUCAACAACAACGACAUCUAUCCGAGGAUUACGAAGCCGCUCUCUAACAAUACGGUCGUACGAUGCAAGCACUGUGGCAACGUCGUGGACUAGUGUUGAUUCCACGAUCUCGGUCCAAGCCUAGUUUAGCACCCUGGAUUAGGUUUAGCACAUGCAAAAAACACAUUUGCGCGGUCCCAAAUAGAUACAAUAACGUAACCCUACAAUGUAACCCUACUCCUGUUGGGUUACAUUAUUGUAUCUAGGUCCCAAACUAUCCUUGGUCCACGCGAUCUCUCCAGGAAAAUUUCGUAGGUAGUAUAUGGUGUUGCGUUUUUCGAUGCAUUGCGCGUAAAAGCGAUCUGUGCAGUAAAAACAUACGGAUAGCGCGGUUCCGUUAUUGCAGACACGGAGUUACAGUGGCCCGGCUCAAUAUUUACCCACACACUGUAGGGCAUCUGAGCAGUGAACAUCAAAUACAUGAAUACGGAGGUUGGAAAUUGCUUUCAAAAACCACCGAAAGAUUGAAAUGCUUUGUGAACCUUGCUUACAAUUGACAUAAACAGGUAAAAAACGUGAGCGAUUUUACAUCCCCUGAAAAAACAACGCGAUAAGUGAUAUAUAUCUUCAACUCCAAAAGAUAAUCGAAAGGUGAUUAUUCAUAUUACUCAUUAUGCAACUUCGAUAAUAUACCUUUAGUAUGUUAGAAUAUGCAUUAGGUUUACCUUUUCAAUACUUGAGAAGGCACCUAGUAUAGCAGGGUUCUCCAAGCUUUUAAAUGAUAGCAUGGGGGGUGGUACUCAGAGCUAGGGGGUCCGGGGGCAUGCCCAACCGCAAAACUUUUGAAUUGUAGAAGCUCUGAGAUGCAA